AGGGCGUGAGGUGCCUGGGCGGGAGCCGGACCCUCCCCACAGGGUCCCGCCGCGGCGCACGCCGGGUAGCGGCCCUGGUUACCGUUGCCAGGCGAGCGGCGAUGGUGAAGGAAACCAUCCGGGUGUACGCGCGGGUGAAGCCGCUGGGCAGGCGGCAGCAGGCGGGGGUAGGACGGGGAGCCAGCGGCUGUGGGGGGGCGUGGGGUGUCCCGAAGGGCGCCCCGCGGGCCUGCGGGCGGCGCGCGGGAGCAGGCCGUGACCGUGCCCCCGCCCCGCAAGAGAGGCCCCGCUGCGCCCGGCGGCCCGGCCGGCGAUUUCAGAAAAUUUUUGAUCAAGAGGCAAAACAAGAUGUGGUUUUUGACAGCAUCGCCAAACCAGUAGCAGAAUGUGUUUUGGCAGGAUAUAAUGGUACUAUCUUUGCAUAUGGUCAGACAGGCAGUGGCAAAACUUUUACCAUCACGGGAGGAGCAGAACGUUACAGUGACCGAGGCAUCAUUCCCAGGACUCUAUCGUAUAUUUUUGAUCAAUUGCAGAAGGAUAGCAGUAAAGUGUAUACAACUCAUGUUUCCUACUUAGAAAUCUAUAAUGAAUGUGGUUAUGAUCUGCUGGACCCAAGACACGAGGCCUCCAGAUUGGAAGAUUUGCCAAAAGUGACAAUAAUGGAAGACCCCGAUCAGAACAUUCAUCUGAAAAACUUGUCGCUUCAGCAAGCAACCAAUGAAGAGGAAGCCUUAAACCUGCUCUUCUUGGGAGACACCAACAGAAUGAUUGCUGAGACACCAAUGAAUCAAGCCUCAACCCGAUCUCACUGCAUUUUCACUAUUCACAUCUCCAGCAAGGAACCUGGAUCUGCAACUAUCCGACGCUCCAAGUUACACUUAGUAGACCUUGCUGGAUCAGAGCGUGUUGCAAAGACUGGAGUCGGAGGUCACUUAUUGACAGAGGCUAAAUACAUCAACCUGUCAUUACAUUAUUUGGAACAGGUAAUAAUUGCCCUUGCAGAGAAAAACCGGUCCCACAUCCCUUACCGAAACUCUAUGAUGACCUCAGUGCUAAGAGACAGCCUGGGAGGAAACUGCAUGACUACCAUGAUAGCAACACUCUCUAUAGACAAAAGAAACAUAGAUGAAUCUAUAUCAACCUGCAGAUUUGCACAGCGAGUUGCUCUUAUUAAGAAUGAAGCAGUUCUUAAUGAAGAAAUUGACCCCAGACUGAUGAUUGUCCAGCUGAAAAAGGAGAUCCAGGAGUUGAAGGAUGAGCUGGAGCUGGUGACUGGCAAGCAAAGAACGUCAGAGCUUUCGCAAGAAGACCUACUUCAGUUGGAUGAGUUAAUUGAAACAUUUCUUGAAGACAAUGAUCCUGAUAGCACUCUGGAUGUUGGGGCUGACAUGCGCAAGAUCAAGUAUUGCUUCAUUCAUGUGAAGCAACUAAUGAAUCAUUCAAAGAUUUCUGAUAAAAACCUGUUCUCACAACACAUCUCUGAAGAAAAAGACACUAACAAAGAAGCAAGAGAAGAAGUGAAAAAACUGAAAGAACUUCUGCAGCAAAGAGACAAUGAAAUCAAUAUUCUGGUAAAUAUGCUAAAAAAAGAAAAAAAGAAAGCACAAGAUGCUCUUUUCCAGCUUAAUGCUGCCUCUGCUGGUUCUACAGUCUUGGAGCAGUCUCUUUCUAGAAACUUGGAUGAAAGUCAGAGGCCAUCUAGCUGUUUUAGUCUGAAAGAGGCAAAAGAUUUCAGGUCUUCAUUUCACAGGCUACCUUUUCUGUCCAGACAAACAGGAGGAAAGAUGUCGCUUGGAUGUCAGGAAGCUUUUGAAGUUUUCAAGCAGGACCAUGCUGACAGUAUAACUAUUGAGGACAACAAACAGCUUCUAAAACAGAGGUUUACCGAAGCUAAAAGCCUUGGAGCAAAAUUAAAUGAAGUGAGAAAUAGAAUAAACCAUCUGAAAGGAGAAAUAACCCAGAGGCACAUUCAAAGAGCAGCUCUAGCUGUUUCCAGUCUUCCUGAAGAGCUAAAUGUGCUUGAUCCAGUAGAAGAGAAACUUCGAAUGCAAAUUGAAGAAGAAAAAAACAGUUAUAAAACAAUGUUCAAUCGCUUGAAAGGACUGAAGAUAGAGAUUGAGCACCUGCAGCUUCUUAUGGAAAAAGUCAAGGUGAAGCUGCAAAAAGACUUUGAAGUCUGGUGGUCUGAAGAGACAAUAAAUCUACAGCAGGAUAAGCCGGAGAUGGUUAGCUCACCAAAUACUACGACUGUUUAUCCCCAGUUUAUCAAAUCCUCUCAACAUCUGUCAACUAACAGUUUUUCAGAGAUCACAAGAGCCAUCCCUAAUGAAGAUCCAUCUGGGAAAAACAAUUCAAUCACUUCUAGUAACCCUACUUUAAAAACAAGGACCCCACCAGGUUCAAGUACGUCUAUUCCUCUGACUGGAGACAGCCAGGCUGAUGCUGACAUCCUAGCUUUCAUUAAAGCAAGACAGAACAUCCUGCAAAAGAAAGGCCUGGGGAACAAAUGAAACUUGUUGCAGUCCAGCAUUUCCAUUUACAAACAGUUAAAGACCUUUAUUCUUUCCCUUCCUCUUCUGUUUAGAAACAGAUAUGAGUAAGUACUUUAGAAAUAAAGGUUUAAUUGGUAAAGGUAUAGAAAUUAUUUGUCUUUGACAGCAAAAUUCAUUUCUCUAGGAAAUGAUAUUUAAAUAUUUGCACUCAGUAUCUUCAGCUUGGAUUAAGAUUAAGCAAAACUAAAACAAUGGAUCAGGAGUUUGCCAAAUACGUUUGUUUACUGAGAAUUUGUUGAAUGUUUUUAAAAUGUUAAAAUUAUCUAAUGUAUUAAUGCUCUUCUACGUCUUUAAUCUGGGGAACACUUUUUACUAGCAGUCAUAGUUUUGUUUGCAUCGAAUUGCAUAAGGCUUUAUUAAUUACAUUUAGUUGGCAUCCAGAGAUGUCUCUGCAAAAAUAGUAGUUAUCUGGGUUACAAAAUUCUAUAAAAUUUCAUUUGAGAACUUUUGCUGAUUUUUAUUUUUUCCCAAGGGAUGGUAGUUUUCAUAUCAGAUUAUUAGAAUACUGAGAUUGCAUUGUAAUAUGAAAAUAAAUUUUUAUUAGAAAGUAAUUCUAGAGU